AUGGAUAUUACAAAAUCAUCCGAAUACAGAGAUUUUAUGUGGGCAGUUAGUCUACAUCGUUUAGGUUUCAAAAUGGUGGGCUUGUGGCCUAAACUCAACACAAAUACUAAAAAAAGUUUGUGGCCAGAAAUUAAGAUUGGCAUCAUUUUCAUUUUAUUAAUAUUCGUUUCUAAUGUUCCGAUGAUAUGUGCAGUUAUUCAAGUUUGGGAUAAUAUGGUACUUGUAAUAAACAAUUUACAAAUAGCAUUACCCGAGAUAACAGUAUUAGUGAAAUACAUUAUCUUACUACGAAAACGAAAAGUUCUCUUGUCAAUCGUAAAUAUGAUGGCAGAAGAUUGGAUGGCAUUCAAGCUGAAUGGAGAAAGAGAUGUGAUGAUAAAACAAGCACAAACAGCAAGAUUAAUUAUGAUGAUUGGAUAUGUUUUCGCAAUAACAGGAUUUCUCACAGUCAUCAUUCUUCCUUUUUUUGACAUUCGAGUAACACAAGUAAUAUACGUAACGAAUUUCACUGAUCGGCGCAAACCACUACCGCUGGAAACAUAUCACUUCUAUGAUACAGAUAAGAGUCCACAAUUUGAGUUUACAUUUAUCAUUCAGGCCGUGACGACAUUGUUGGCAACUACCAUUUAUAUGUCUGUAGAUAUCUUUCUCAUUGUAAUAAUUCUUCAUAUUUAUGGUCAGUUAGAAAACUUUAGAUGUCGAUUAAUUAAUUUGAUCUCAUGCAAAAAUUUCAAUAAAGUUUUGAACGAUAUCAUAGGAAUCCAUUUACGUCUUAUCAGGUAUGAAUUUUUAUGGUAA